AAGAAUCACGCGCCUUAAACAUCGACAAUAGACCGUCUCUGUAACGCGAGCUAGACGCGCGUGGUUCUUGUUGUCAGCUCUUAAAAUCCAAGCCGACUAUAAAUCAAAAUAAUGGACUUCACGCCAAAAUCUUUAAACCCGUUUCGUGCACGUAUGACCUGAACCCUUCGCCCGUUGCUUUCGCCCAAAAGGUUUUCUUAGCUGCUUCUCUCAGUGGAUUUUCAUGGUCUGUUUUAUGAUUUAAUCAUCUUAUCUUACAUGGAUAUCUUCUUGAAUUUCAUGGCAUCCCUUAUUUGCUUUCUAGUUUUGUCACUUGUAUUGAUUCCUGCAAGUACCCACCCACAAUCCAAUGAACAAGGAUAUACAUCUGUGAUCUUGUCGGAUAAAGGCAUUGAUUUUGCCAAGGAUAUGCUAAUAAAAAAGGCAGUAUCCUCCAUGAUUCCACUUCAACUGCCAGACAUAGAGAAGUACGUGAAAAUCCCACUUCUGGGCAGAGUCCAUGUGGUUCUUUCAAACAUCACCAUUAAUAGUGUGAUUGCUCCUUCAUCUGUUGAAACCGGAGCGACAGGUAUAGUUCUACUUGCUUCAGGUGCUACCGCGGAUUUGACCAUGAAUUGGCGGUACUCUUAUAAAAGUUGGAUAGUUGUUAUUUCGGAUAGUGGAGAUGCCUCGGUUAAGGUUAAAGAUAUGGAAGUUGGGCUUACUGUUACUUCAGAAGAACAAGAUGGAACCCUCACUUUGUCUCUCUUGGAUUGUGGAUGCUAUGUGAAAGAUAUCUCUAUUAAGAUGGAUGGUGGAGCAUCUUGGCUUUAUCAAGUGGUGGUAGAUGCUUUCGAAGGUCCAAUAGGAUCUGCAGUAGAAAAUGCUAUUUCUAAGAAAAUCAAAGAAGGGAUAUCAAAACUUGAUUCCCGAUUACAAUCACUUCCAAAACAAGUCUCAGUAGAUCAUGUUUCUGCAAUGAAUGUCACUUUUACAGGCAACCCUGUUUUGGUUAAUUCUUCAAUUGAAAUUGAUAUCAAUGGUCUAUUCAUGACGAGGGACAAUGUUUUAAUUCCCAGUUAUUACUACAAGGGAUUGCAAGCUUCUGAUUCAUCAAACUGUCCAGCUAAGAUGAUUGGAAUUUCAUUACAUGAAAAUGUUUUUAAUACAGCUGCAGUAGUAUAUUUCAAUGCAGGUUAUAUGCAUUGGACAGUGGAUAGAUUUCCAAAUCAAUCCCUCUUAAACACAACAACAUGGAGAUACAUAUAUCCUCAACUCUACGAGGUGUAUCCGAACGAUGGCAUGAAACUUAAUAUAUCACUAACUUCUCCUCCAGUGAUUAAAAUUGUGGAGAACGACCUUGAUGUGACCAUUUAUCUAGAUGUGACAGUUAAUGUUUUGGAUGCUGAUGAAGUUAUACCAGUUGCAUCUGUCUCAUUGGUAGUUAAUGCUUCAUGCUCUCCACAUAUUUUGAGAAAUAAGCUAGCCGGUAUCCUCAAGUUGAAAAACUUUACUGUGUCUUAUAAUUGGAGCAAUAUAGGGGACCUGCAUGUGCCUCUAGUUUCGAGCUUUUGUUACCAUUCGCAGCCGAUAGCUUAUGCAGUCGUUGAAACCAUCUUCCUUCCAUAUGUGAACUUACCCCUCUUGAAGGGGUUACCAUUGCCAUUUCUUCAUGGAUUUACCCUUAAGAAUGCUGAAAUCCAUUGCAUGAAAUCCAAGAUGAUGAUAUGCAGCAACCUUGCCUUCUCACAGCAGUACCAUAUCAGUUAGCAGUCAAUGGAUCAGUCCACUUCAACCAGAUGCUUAAAGUUGCAUAUUUUCAUCUGUUGUGUUUGAUGUGUAUAUACACAUGAUGGUGUAAAUUAAACACAAAAAUCAAUUCAAAUCCGUAAUUUAGCAAUUAUUGAUUGUUUUGGAUUGGAAAAUAAUUCAUAUUCCUGCUGUAUGCAUGAUUGCUGAGUGCCUGCGUCUGGGUAAAAAUACCCUAAUCUGUUUUUAUGUAGUCUUUUUCUGGACAUGAUUGUAUGUACAUAUUUUUCACAUCUUUAAUCCAGUUACAGAUUAAA